AUGAAUCCUUUUUAUUUUCAACUGUUGAGCAAUAUUAUGCUAAUAACAUUGGUUCUUAAUCUGUUUAUUACUACAGUGCUUGCAUUUGUACCUAUAAGUCGCUAUUACCAGGGCAGCGUCAUUAUUAGGGAUAAAAUAUACUUCUUGGGUGGUAUCGGUGUUUCUGGAAAAGGCUCUAAUGAAUUAUUUUAUUUAGAUGUUUCUUCACCAUUCACUACCGUAAAUCUUAAAUGGACUGAUCUCACAACUAUUGCACCUAUACCUGUAUCUAGUGCUUUCGCACCUUCUUGCGUUGGUGGAAGCAAUAAUGCUACUAUUUUUUUACUUGAACACCGUAGCGCAAAUAAUGUUAAUUCGACUAAUUUAGUGACCUUUACCUUUGAUACAACGACUCAAAAAUGGUCUAUUCCAACAACAACAAUUCCACCACCAACCAGACAGGACAUGAAAGCUGUUGUUGAUAAUUAUGGUAGAAUAUAUAUUUCUGGUGGAUAUGAACCGUAUGCAACCUUGAAAUCUUACAAUAACACCUACGUAUUGGAUUCUUUGAGUUUAUCUUGGCUUAGUGGUUCUAAUGCACCGAUCACUCGAUCCGGUUAUACUGCUACACUUUUACCAAGUGGGCAAAUAGUAUACAUAGGAGGGACGAAUGAAGACCCAACUCCAGAAAUUGACAUGAAACAAAUAUCAAUUUAUAAUACAAUUUCUGGAACUUGGUCUUUGAUGACUGCAGGUGGCGAAGCGAUUGCGGCACGUCAAUCUCAUACUGCAGUACUAGCUGCUGGUAUUGGAGGCACGCUUGUUGGCAUUAUGAUUGCAGGCUUUGUAGGCUUUAUUUGUUAUAGGAAAUAUCGUAAAAACCCAGAUAAUGAUCCUUAUAUUCCUACUCCGGGUAGUACUAGUGUUCGCGAAUAUGAUGAUCCUGUUGAUUAUGUUCCUACACCGGGUUCAAAUAUUCGCGAAACUAGACACAGUGUUUUCACCCCUCCCUCAACUACGAAUCGAUAUGGUACUCCUUCUUUUGUUUCAAAUACAAGUUCAGCAUAUGAUUCCCCAAAUUAUAUGUAUCAAUCUGGUGCUCCUGAUGUUACCUUCAUUCCUCCUGGUACGCCCAUCCCAGGCACAUAUAAUCAAGGUGUUUUGAUUCAAGGCCCUAUCCAUGGUGUUUAUAAUCAGGGUGCUUAA